GAUCUGUCAAGUAGUGCUGUCACCGACGGUAAGCACACUGCGCCAACCGCGCGAGGCAGCCGACGUUUGAUCUCGGCCAGUUCUUGAUUGGACCCCGCGCUUCGAUGGCCUCCACUGCCUGGCUGGCGAUGCACUCGGCAACCCCCGACCGCCGAUCAGAAUUUGACCUACUCAAGAACCCCCCCGCCCACCACUACGCCCGCGAGCGUAAGAUGUCCAUGGACUUCUCGCCGUCGGGCACACCCCAGGGCAUCUACGCCCAACCCGACCUCGACCAUUCCUUCGGCUCUCUCCAGUCCCCCGCCGACAUGUCCGCCCCGCAGCAGAAUGCACACAACGGCGGGCACAUGCACAUGAGCGCGCACUCGCUCGAUCGCGUAGAUGCCCUCGACGUCCCCGACCAGUCUGCGUACGAUAUAUUCGCCGGCUCUCCAUCCGGCUCUCUGGCUAGCCAGCGGUUCCGGUCAGGUGCCUCGUCGUCCUCGUACGGCCUGCCCACAGACAAUAUGUACUCGCAAGGGGGCUUCCCUGACGGGCUCCCUUCAUUCCAGGGCUCUAGCUCGAGUCCAUACGACAUGAUGAAUGGCAUAUCGUCCUCCUACAGCAGCGGUAAGCCAUCCCCCCUCACCCCCAAUGACGGCAUGGGCGGCUUCCAGGCCCCUUCUGGUUUCUCCUUCUCCAACGGCCAGGCCAAGGACUUCCAUCCUCAUGCUCCGUUCCAAGACGUCGACCGUCGCCCAGGCAGCUAUCAGUCGGAAUUCAGCGACGACUAUGGAGGCAUGACUGGCAUGCCAAUUGGAUUCUCCCCAUCUCAGUUGCAAUCAUUCCAGGACCCCAUAAGCCGCAUGCAAGCUAGUGGGCGAUAUCCUUCCAUUGUCUCCCCUCUAUCUGUGCCGCCUCAUGUGCACCAGAGUUCUGGUCCGGAUAUGCUGCGAGGAGUAAAUCCUCAUGCGACACACGGGUUCAGGUCGGAGGGUGGGGUGCCGUCAUAUGAUGACAUGCCGCAAUUUCUGGCGCCCAACCCUCAGGUAGACUUUCCGCUUCGAAUUCCGGGAAUGCGCAUGCCACAAACGUCCGCCUCCGCGACGGAUCUACAAACUUUCAUACGUCCAUAUUUGGAUCAGUACGUGCGGUCUGGAAACCGCCUAGCGUUCGGCGAGAGAACGGUCAUCGUUAUGUCCAGCAAGGUUGCGCAGAAAUCUUACGGUACAGAGAAGCGGUUCCUCUGUCCGCCGCCAACCGCCAUUAUGAUUGGUAACUCGUGGUGGUCAGAUGUCGUGCGUCGCGGAGAAGAACCGAAACUAUGUCCCCCUCGCGUCGUUGUUUCCAUCUCCGGCGAGCCCGCACCACAAGAAAGUUCGAUCGAAUGGACUGGCGCUACGGGUAAAGCAUUUGAUGUCUCCGACCCGCCCACAGGCACGACCUAUCUUGGCCGCUGUGUCGGUAAGCAGCUGUACAUCUCCGACGUCGACGAAAAGAAGAAAAAGGUGGAGGCCCUCGUCAAGAUUAUGGCUCCGGCCGCAGAGGACGAGCCAGAGCGGGUGAUCGGGACGUUCCCCAGCCGCCCGAUCAAGGUCAUCAGCAAGCCCAGUAAAAAGCGACAGAGCGCCAAGAACCUCGAACUGUGCAUCAAUCAUGGUUCUACCAUCUCGUUGUUCCACCGGCUGCGGUCGCAGACGGUCUCAACAAAAUACCUUUGUGUAUCAGGAUCAGGCUCGUCAUUCAAGGGUUCCGACGGGAUGCCGCUCAUGGGGUUGGAUCAGCGCGUUCGCACCCAGACCCCAUCCUUCAUCGCGAGGACGGCUAGCUGGGAUCCGUUCAUCAUGUACAUUGUCGACGUCAACAAGCCGGCCGGCGGCGUCGAUUCGCCUCCGCCUCCGCCAAUCCAGCCCGACUACCCCUCUCCCCCUCCCAACGCGAUCCCGUUCACAAAUAACGGGUCGCAAAUACCCAUAUAUUACAACCAAACAGUUGUCCUGCAAUGUUUGGUUUCUGGGGUCGUCAGCCCGGUCCUAAUCAUCCGUAAGGUCGAUCAUCAGACCAUCGUAGUCGGCGGCGGUCUGCAGGAAGGUGCCAAGGGCAUCGCAGACCACUACUGUGCGCCAGGAGAGGUGUGCGGGGACCCUGUAUCGCAAUUGCACAAAAUUGCGUUCGAGGUGUACGACCCGAGCCGUGGAGUCCCAGAGCCGGGCACUCCUGGCCCAAGUGGCGCCUUUCUCUCUUGUAUGGGCGAGAAGGUCAAUACGUACCGCCCCGUCGACGGCCGUGUCUGGAAUGCAGUGCCUGGCGCGCAAUCCCGCGAGAGCAAUUCGCCCAUUGCGACUCCUGCUUCGCCCACGGAUGAUGGUACUCCGACUUCGACAACGGGCUCGGUGGACUACUUCGGCUCGGGGAGCAUGAGCAGCACGCCGACAUCUCCUGCUGCGGAUUUCCCUUCUAACGACGGUGGCCGCGUGAAGAAGGCCAAGCGGGGCUCGUCGAGUGCGGGCACCGCGUCGAAGUCGACGUCAGCGAAGGGGCGGCGCAGGCCGACCUCCGCAGGGUCAGCUGGCUCUGGUCGCCGCGCUUCUGCGAGCGACUCGUCUGCAUCGUCAGGCGCUCUAUGGCAGGUGGACAUCGGCGAGACGAGCGUGUGGACCAUUGUCGGGACCGAUCAAGUCCGGUACAACUUCUACGUCCCGCCGGUGCUCUUCGACAAUCAGAAUGCACCGCAGACAGGGUCCUUCCCCAUCACUUCGAAGCCUGUCACCCCCUUCCCGGGCGUGGUGAAGUACCUGCCCCCCGAUCGGGCUGCUGAGGUGCCCAAACAUCACGCGUCCGCACGUGCGGCCCUCACGAAGCCCAACCCGCACACGUCCAAGAUGCUCACCAUCUACGGCGAGAACUUCUCCAAGACGGACCCGGUCACGGUGUUCUUUGGCUCGGAGCCCUCCCCGUACGUCGAGGUGCGCUGCGCGGAGGUGCUCGGGUGCCUGCCGCCGGAGAGCCAGAGCGCGAAGCGUCGGCCAGUCGUCCUGGUGCGGUACGACGGCGUUGUGUUUCCCUCGAACGUGUACUAUCCUUGAUCAUCGUCGUUGUCAUUGUCCGCUCUAUGCCUUUGCUUUCUUUUUGUGUUUGGCGUUGGAUUAUCUGUGCGCAUCUCCUUUGCAUCUCGCUAUCCCAUAUCUAUACUUUGUCUGCAGUAGAGCUUUUCUGUUACGCACUCGUUAGUUACUACCAGGAAUAUGGAGCCGCGGACUGGCCUGUACUUGUAUUGUAGACAAACUAUGGAAGCAUGGCUACUUUUACUAGGC